ACCAUAGAAACGUUUAAACAAAGAUGGCGUCCUACUCCACUUCAAACCUCUUCUGUUUAUUUAUCUUGUUUACUGCCGUCACGACAAAAGAAAAUACUACAAGUUACAGCUUGAAAACUACUGUGUUGGGCGAGCAGAACGUCACAUAUAACGUUACUGACUAUUUUACAACUACACAGACGACAGAGUUUGACUCCGCUGCAACACCGCUCCACAGCAGCGCAGAGAAGGCCGUUGAACCGAGCCUCCCCCCCGAGCCGCUGCCCGUCACCGGCCGCCUGCUCACCCCCGUCACCAGCGUUGACAGGUUGUGUUCCUGUGACGAGCACAAGGAUGUGUGUGACAUCAACUGCUGCUGUGACAGAGAGUGUAGUGAGGAGGUGGCUCUGUUCACUGGCUGCUCAGUGGACACUGUCAGUGGCAACAAGCAGCUGUGCAGCCGUGAUGUAGCAUCCUACUCUUUAGGGAGUGCAAUAGAUGGCUACUCAGAGCUACAGUCGUCUGUCCAGAAGGAGACUAAUUAUGACAUCUUUUGCAUUCAGUCACAGAACCGUGUUGAUGGAGUAUCUCAUCCCUCACCCUCUCUUCCAACCGACAGCAACUUUGAUUCACUCUUCAAACAAUUUACCAGCUUUAUUUUUGGCUCAGAGGUGAACAGUGGUCCGGUGUCCACUGCAGAGCUCCAGGCCUCGUCUGGAUACCGGUAUGGGGAUGUGAUGGGGACAGCAGGAGCCAGUGGACAGAGAGGGACGUUCUGGUUGCCAGCUCCUAGUUUCACUGCUGACUGUAUGGACACAAGUCCUGCAGCGUUCCUAAAGGAUCAGAGCAGUCGGUGUUCUCGGCGCGUGGUCCUGGAGCAGGACUGCAGCACUCUACUGGCCCUCAGCAUAGACACCUACACGAACAUUCAGCUAUUUGCUGGGAAGAAUAAAGAUGCAGCAGUUGUUCCUGUGGAAGUGGACUCAGUUGUCCUGCAGUCUGUAGAUGGGACUCAGACUGAGCUACAGAUAAGUGGUGGAGAAAACCUCACCCCUAUUCUCCUGAACCAGGUCCUCUGUGCUAAUGUGGUGUUGAAGGUUGUCUUUGUGAUUAAGUACAACCCAGCUGGGGAGAUAGUGAAUGUGACGGUGUCUCUGGUGCUUGGCUUUGUUCGUGAAGCUGCGCUGCCCCUGGAACAGGAGUUUCAGAUCACAUUUGUCCAGGAGGACGGGGAGGUGGCUGUCCAAUACAGUGGAAAUCCAGGUUAUGUGUUUGGACGACCUCUUGUGUCUGGAACAAAAAGAGCAGAUGGGAUUGCUAGAAGCACAGGCCCCAGAGACACACUGUCUCUUCUCCACAGUGCUGAGGACCAAGACUGUUUGCAGGGACCACAUAGGCGCUCCCCUGUCCAGUUUGGUCUGGACUCUGUGGGUGGCUGCACAUUAAGACUGGAGGAUGCUGUCAACUGCUCCCUGGUCUUUCAGGUGCUUCUCGAUGUUCUGAGAGGACCAAACUAUCCCCAGUAUGUGGCUUCCUUUGGAAACUCCCCGUUAGACUAUCCACUGGACUGGGUGCCAAUCAAGAACAACUUCAGUCCCCAGGAUGCACAGAGUUGCAGCAUCCCAUUGUCACUUCACUUAGAUAUUGAAUGGACUACAUAUGGAUCUUUGGUGAACCCCCAACCUCAGAUUGUGAGCAUCAAAGAAGUAAUCCAAACCAACACCAGCAGUUUGGCCCUGUUACCUGGAGGCAGCAGCAUCCUGUCAAUCAGGAGCUCAGUGACCUUCAUACCAAUUUCUGCUGCCGCUCUUCCUGGUUACAGAGCCACGCCCACCAUCAACGCCCAGCUACCCUUUGACUUUUUCUUCCCUUUUGUCUGAACAGUCCGUGCAGUAACAUUUACCAUGCACACUGGCACGUGGCAUUUAUGACAACAAGCACUGUUUUUUACCUUUUAACUGUGUAUUUUGUGAAUAAUGUAUGUAGGAUUUUUUAAAGAUUAUUUAUAAAAAAUUUUAAUAAACAAAAUCACUUUA